AUGGGUGUGGGCCAAUCGAAAUGUGCUGCCUGCUGUGGCGACAAAGACGAAGCAGGUAACGACGUUUCCAUUCAGCCACUUGAAGGGAGUGGUCUGGCGGGAACAGAGGAGGUUGCGGAAACGAAGCGUGCGCCGAGCGCAGAAGAAAACCCCAACAAGGCGAAAGCAAGUGAACAGGCAACACUGAACUUCAAAGAUGAUGCGACCUACACAGGAGGAGUCGUGGACGGCAAGCGUGACGGAUAUGGAGCAUACAAAAGUCCCACCGAGACGUACGAAGGUCAGUGGAAAGAUGACAAGCAGAAUGGAGAUGGCAAGCACACAUGGAGUGAUGGACGAUCAUACGAAGGCCAGUAUGUGAACGGACGUUUCUCCGGAAAGGGAAAGAUGGUUUGGAGGACAGACAAGGGCACUAUGAUCUACGAAGGAGACUACUUGGAUGAUGCUAAGCACGGCUCGGGCAAGUUCACGUGGCCAAAUGGAAACGUUUAUGAGGGCGGAUGGCAGAACGGAAAGCGACAUGGAAAGGCGACCUUCAUCACGUCCACUGGAAAGCAGAAGGUCGGCUUCUGGCACGACGACAAGUUUGUGAAGUGGGAAGGUGACGAUGCCGAACCUUCGCAAGCAUGA